AUGCAUUCCUUAGUGUUGAUUGUGGGAUUUGGUUCAAUUUUGGGCAUCAUUAACACUCACAAAGUGUUACCCCGACCUAGCCUUAAAUCCUUCAGAGACGACUAUGACAGUGUGGCUAAAACGUGUGUGGUCGUUGGAUUUGUUAAGGACCACUGUAAACAGAAUCUGGACAGGAAAAAUUUGGUAAUAGCAUUCAACGCCAAAGCAAAAGGAAGUGUUCAAUCCGUAAGUGCUGGGAAUAUUGUCAUGUUUGCAGAAGUCGAUUUGAAUAUAGAAGGUGGAUACAACGCAGUUAAAGGAGUUUUCACCGCCCCCAAAUCGGGAGUUUACGUCUUUGAUUGGACAAUAAUGACCUACACCAACAAAAAUGCUUAUACCUAUCUGGUCUUGAAUAGUAAAAGAAAGGCAUAUAACCAUUGUCAUAACAACGCCACAGUAUCUACAUGUCAUGUAGUAAAAUGGCUGUCGUCAAAAUGA